AGCGUAAAACGAAACGUGCCAAUUGAAUCAUCGGGAGGCCGUCAUCAAUUAGUGAAAUAGAUAAAUUGUAGUAAACCAAUAUUUUUAUUAAUUAUCCGCAAGUGUAUUAAUCGUGAGAAAUGUCGCGGCCGGAUAGACCUAAUCAGGCGCAGACCUACAAGCUGGUCGUGGUCGGUGGCGGUGGAGUCGGAAAGAGUGCCAUUACGAUACAAUUUAUUCAGAGUUACUUUGUAACGGACUAUGACCCCACCAUCGAAGACAGCUACACGAAGCAGUGUGUCAUUGAUGAUGUUCCAGCAAAGCUGGACAUUCUAGAUACUGCGGGUCAAGAGGAGUUCAGUGCGAUGCGAGAACAGUACAUGAGAUCCGGAGAGGGUUUCCUGCUGGUGUUCUCUGUAGCGGACCAUGCCAGCUUUGAUGAACUGUGCAAAUUUCACAAGCAAAUCCUUCGUGUGAAAGACCGCGAUGAGUUCCCAAUGCUGAUGGUCGGAAAUAAAGCUGAUUUGGAACAUCAAAGAGUGGUAUCAUUAGACGAAGCCCAUGCGUUAUCGCGGCAGUUGAAAGUACCCUACAUAGAAUGCAGUGCUAAAGCUCGGAUGAAUGUGGACCAGGCCUUCCAUGAAUUGGUCAGAUUGGUCCGUCGUUUCCAAGAAGCUGAACGGAUCAAUUUAAAACCAAACCAAAAGAGUAACAAAAAAAGGAAUUGUACCAUUUUGUAACAAACUCAUAUAUAUGUUUGUUUUAAAUUAGUUGAGUUUUUAAAAUGUCUUUUAUUGGAAAAAUUAAGGAAGAAGU